UUAUAUCUGCAAAAAAAUCGGUGACAUAGUAAGCUGGGAGGCUUCCUUUCAUAAAUAACGACAGAGUACACACUCAAAAGAGAAUUCAGAGCUGCAGAGUACAGACAACAAAAUGAUAUCUUUAUUAGAUCGUCGAGUUUUUGGUGUUUACAAGAUGUCUUCGGUGCUAGUUAGGAGUGCCAGAGGGUUUUCGGAAACCAACAAACUUCAAGUUGCCAUACAGUCUGAUAAAACUGGAAAUAGGAAGUUGAUUAACAUUUUCAGCAGCGAUAAAAUAAAAGAUUUAAAUAUUAAAAUACCAUAUAACACUGAAAGCACUAUUCCACCGAUAAAAUGUGCUGCCCAAGCAUCUCAUAUUGUGAGCCAAGGAAAACAUAUUAAUGAUGAUGACGAUUUACUGACUGCAGAGCAGCGAAGCAUUAAGAGAGAAAACUUAAAAACUACACAAGUGGAUUGCCCAAAAUUUCCCACUGAGAAACCACCACCAACAACAAAAUUUCCAAUUAACGAAAAUGCCGAAAAAGCACUGGAACCAGCCGACAAAAUAAGACUUAAAGCCGAGUUAUUAAAAAGGAUAAAAGAUAUCGCUAGACGAAAGAAAUCUCAACUCGAGGACAAAGUGGAAGGGCUAAGGGAUGAAUUUACGGAUAAAUUGGUUGGGAUAAAAGAAGCAUCAGCUGAAUGUGUUGAAAAUGUUGCUGAGAAACAAGUGAAGGAGAAAGAAAAGCCUUCUUUAAUCCUCCAAGCCAAGGAGCCUUCACCGCCACCCAAAGGUGACUCUGGCCCACCGAAAAGUGGAUCUCCUCCACCGAAGGGUGGUUCCCCUCCAGCGAAAGGAGGCCCUCCUCCACCGAAGGGUCCGCCGCCUGGAACCCCUCCACCACAGACGAAAACCACUUUUGGGCCACUUGCUGAUGAAGAUCGAAUCUUUACCAACCUAUAUGGUCGUCACGAUUGGCGUUUGAAGGCAGCAAUGAAGCGAGGUGAUUGGUACAAGACCAAGGAAAUCAUAGAAAAGGGCGACAUGUGGAUAGUGAACGAGAUAAAGACCUCUGGGCUGCGAGGACGCGGUGGCGCCGGAUUCCCGAGUGGACUUAAGUGGUCCUUCAUGCACAAGCCGCCUGAUGGCAGGCCCAAAUUUCUGCUGGUUAACGCAGAUGAAGGUGAGCCCGGUACUUGCAAAGAUCGCGAGAUAAUGCGCCACGAUCCGCACAAGUUGAUCGAGGGAUGUGUGAUUGCUGGACGGGGAAUGGGUGCCAACACCGGAUUCAUUUACAUCCGCGGCGAGUUCUACAACGAGGCCUGCAAUCUUCAGUAUGCCAUAAUAGAAGCCUAUAAGGCUGGUUACCUGGGGAAGAAUGCCUGUGGCUCGGGCUUCGACUUCGAUCUCUAUGUGCAACGAGGUGCUGGUGCCUAUGUUUGUGGAGAGGAGACUUCCCUGAUUGAAUCUCUUGAGGGCAAGGCGGGCAAGCCGAGGAAUAAGCCUCCAUUUCCGGCGGAUAUCGGUGUCUUUGGCUGUCCAUCGACAGUGACCAAUGUGGAAACUGUGGCUGUGGCUCCAACGAUUUGCCGACGCGGUGGUAAGUGGUUCGCAAGCUUUGGACGUACUCGCAACUCCGGCACAAAGUUGUUUAACAUCUCGGGACACGUUUGCAAUCCCUGCACCUUCGAAGAGGAGAUGUCCAUGUCCACCAAGGAGCUGAUAGAACGCCAUGCUGGUGGAGUGAUCGGUGGCUGGGACAAUCUGCUGGCCAUCAUUCCGGGUGGCUCCUCAACCCCCUGUAUUACCAAAGAAGAUGCCGAGACCUCAAUCCACGACUAUGAUGGCCUGAUGAAAGUGCGUUCGUCCUUGGGAACCGGGGCCAUGAUUGUGAUGAACAAGGAUACGGAUAUUAUCAAGGCCAUUGCCCGCCUGGCGUCCUUCUACAAGCACGAGAGCUGCGGCCAGUGCACUCCCUGCCGCGAGGGCCUCCACUGGGUGAACAUGAUCAUGCAGAGAUUCGUCACUGGAAACGCCCAGAUCGGUGAGAUCGAUAUGCUGUGGGAGCUGACCAAGCAGAUCGAGGGCCACACCAUUUGUGCCCUGGGCGAUGGUGCCGCCUGGCCGCCGCAAGGACUCAUCCGUCACUUCCGUCCGCUCAUCGAGGAGCGGAUCAGGAAGCGGGAGGCCGAUGAGCAAGCUGCAGCAGAUGCCGUCGCCGCCGAGCGCUUCCCCUGUCAAACUGUGGCUCCUUGUCCAGAAUAA